AGAUUACUAGCUAUUAGACGUCUUUUCAUUUUCUCCAAAGGAGAACAAUUUGUUAAAAUAGUUUGAUUAACCACUGAUUCACUGUCCUUUAAAAAAAAAAAAAAAAACCACUGAUUCACUCUGCUCCUCUUCGAUAAACCAAGUUUCUCUAUAGAAGGAAUCAAUCCAGAUUCCAGGUGAAAAAGUGCUGCUUCAAAUUCUCCAUUGGAGAGGAGAGAGAAUUAGAGAUGGAAAUGGAAUGUUGGGUAUCCAUGCCAAAGGUGGAGCUACAUGCCCAUCUCAACGGCUCUGUGCGAAAUUCAACUUUACUAGAAUUUGCUAAAGAAUUGGGUGAAAAGGGCAUUAUUGUUUUCUCUGAUGUUGAACAUGUUGUUCUCAAAGAUGACAGAUCUUUGACUGAAGUGUUCAAGCUGUUUGAUUUGAUUCACAUUCUUACUACUGAUCAUGCUACUGUCACCAGAAUUACCAAAGAAGUUGUUGAAGACUUUGCUGCUGAGAAUGUUGUCUAUUUGGAAUUACGAACUACCCCCAAGAGGAACGAUUCUAGAGGAAUGACCAAACGCUCUUACUUGGAAGCCGUGGUUGAGGGUUUAAGAAGAGUUGAUGCCGUUGACAUAGAUUUUGCUUCAACUGGAGUUGUCUUGGAGAACAAGAAAAAGUCAUGUUAUAUGAAUAAUGAGUGUGAUGGCAUUUCUAGGAAGAAGAUAUAUGUUAGACUUCUCCUCAGCAUUGAUCGACGUGAGACACUUGAAGCUGCAAUGGAAACUGUUAAGUUGGCAUUGGAAAUGAAAGAUGUCGGAGUGGUUGGUAUUGAUCUAUCUGGGAAUCCAAGAGUGGGAGAAUGGACAACAUUUUUGCCAGCUUUGAAAUUUGCCAGAGAACAAGGCCUUCAUGUUACACUGCACUGUGGAGAGGUCCCUAAUCAGGAGGAAAUACAUAGAAUGCUGGAUUUUCUUCCGGAGAGGAUCGGCCAUGCCUGUUGCUUGGAAGAGGAUGCAUGGAGAAAAUUAGAGAUGUCAAAGAUCCCGGUUGAGAUAUGUUUGACAUCAAACAUCAGAACUAAUACAAUUUCCUCCAUCGAUGUUCAUCAUUUUGCUGAUUUAUACAAUAAGAAGCAUCCGCUUGUUCUAUGUACUGAUGAUUCUGGGGUGUUCUCUACCAGUUUAUCUAAAGAAUACGCCAUUGCUGCUGCUGCAUUUGGUAUUGGGAAGAAGGAUUUGUUCCAACUAGCAAGGAACGCAGUUGAACUUUCAUUUGCCGGGGAAAAAGUUGUGAGAGAAUUGAAAGAGCUAUUUGAUUUGGUUGGAAAGAGCUUAGCUUACAGUGAUUGAUAACAUGAAGCAGUCAUUUUUAGGCUAGAUAUGGUAUUAUGAUUUACUGGUAAUCUGGUAUCGUCAAACUCAUGUGCUAGCUUUGCUCUCAAUGCCGAAACAUAAACACCCACAUUUUAUCAAACCCUUAUUUGAUCAUCAAAUUCUGUUAAGAAAAGAACAAAUAAUCAACAUACAUAUUUAUGUGGUUCACCAACAAUGACUAAUCUAUGGGCAAAGAGAGAAAUUAGAUCUUAUUAGGUUUGGACUCUCGAUGCGCGAGACUACAUAUUUCUGAAUAGGGAGCCGAUAUAGGCCGGAAGGGAGUGUUGUGUUGUUUGAAGCACCAUACUCAAUGUAUCUCAAGAGAAGGGAUAGAUAAAGAGGGUGGUUAAAUCUUUCUUCCUCACUUCCUUAGAGCCAACUACCAAAAAUAUGUAUACAAUAAUACUUGUCUUUUCAUGUACUUGUAGAAUAUUCUACUAAACCGCAAUUUAGGUAAUUUGGUUCUUGAUAAUGGUGGUGGUGUGGAUUGACCUUGCAUACUUUUGAACUUUUGAUUAGUAGGUAUAAUGGCCUAAUGGGUUAGGUCAAUGGUUCAAUACCUCAAUACAAAAUGCCAUUCCAACU